GAGCAAUUCUGUGUUCUUUUGCCAGCACUGACAAAGGUCUGGUUGUCAAUGAUACCUUUACAGCUAAAUUUACUCCAGAGUGACAUGAACAGGUGCACCCUGGCCUGCCAGACACUUGUGCAGAGGGAUCACGCAUCUCACCGCUUGACGAUCAAGGGGGCAAAGCUUCGGUGUUCAUAGAAAAGGAGAGGAGGCGAGCGCAGCCCAAACUGGGGGGUUUCUCUUCAAAGCCAGCUGGUCUGGCUUUAUUCUACAGGAAUUUUUUUACCUGUCAGAGUUUGGACAACAAAGCCCUCAGCAGGUGCUGACGGGAACAACUUCCUGGAGAAGCAGAAAGGCACUGGUGCCAACAAAAGCAUUGAAAACUGUGAAGUAACCUCUGGAGAGAUGAAGUGAAGUGUGGAAGGCCAAUGGCUGUGGCAGUGAAGAAGUGCAGAGGGAACGAAUGCAGGGAUUUGGGAACUGAGCUGUGCACGUGCUGAAGAAGGAAACUUGUUUGAAGGAAACAGGAAAGAGAAAGAAAAGGAAGGAAAAAAUACAUAAUUUCAGGGACGAGAGAGAGAAGAAACACGGGGACUAUGGGGAGAAAAAAGAUUCAGAUCACGAGGAUUAUGGAUGAGCGUAACAGACAGGUGACUUUUACGAAGAGGAAAUUUGGAUUGAUGAAGAAGGCUUAUGAGCUGAGCGUGCUGUGUGACUGCGAGAUUGCACUGAUCAUCUUCAACAGCACCAACAAGCUGUUCCAGUACGCUAGCACUGACAUGGACAAAGUGCUGCUCAAGUACACAGAGUACAAUGAGCCGCAUGAGAGCCGGACAAACUCAGACAUUGUGGAGACAUUGAGAAAGAAGGGCCUCAAUGGCUGUGACAGCCCAGAUCCCGAUGCAGACGAUUCAGUAGGUCACAGCCCUGAGUCUGAGGACAAGUACAGGAAAAUUAACGAAGAUAUUGAUCUAAUGAUCAGCAGGCAAAGAUUGUGUGCUGUUCCACCUCCCAGCUUUGAGAUGCCAGUUACCAUCCCAGUGUCCAGCCAUAACAGUUUGGUAUACAGCAAUCCUGUCAGCACACUGGGAAACCCCAAUCUUCUGCCACUGGCCCACCCGUCUCUGCAGAGGAAUAGUAUGUCUCCUGGUGUAACACAUAGACCUCCAAGUGCAGGUAACACAGGUGGUCUGAUGGGUGGAGACCUUACAUCCGGUGCGGGCACCAGUGCAGGGAAUGGAUAUGGCAACCCCCGGAACUCACCAGGCCUGCUGGUCUCACCUGGUAACCUGAACAAGAAUAUACAAGCCAAAUCUCCUCCCCCUAUGAAUCUAGGAAUGAAUAAUCGUAAGCCAGAUCUCCGCGUUCUUAUCCCACCCGGCAGCAAGAACACGAUGCCAUCAGUGUCUGAGGAUGUGGACCUGCUGUUGAAUCAAAGGAUAAAUAACUCCCAGUCGGCUCAGUCAUUGGCUACCCCAGUGGUUUCCGUAGCAACUCCUACUUUACCAGGACAAGGAAUGGGAGGAUAUCCAUCAGCCAUUUCAACAACAUAUGGUACUGAGUACUCUCUGAGUAGCGCAGAUCUGUCAUCUCUGUCUGGCUUCAACACUGCCAGUGCGCUCCACCUCGGCUCCGUAACUGGCUGGCAGCAGCAGCACCUACAUAACAUGCCGCCAUCUGCCCUCAGUCAGUUGGGAGCUUGCACUAGCACUCAUUUAUCUCAGAGUUCAAAUCUCUCCCUGCCUUCUACUCAAAGCCUCAACAUCAAGUCAGAACCUGUUUCUCCUCCUAGAGACCGUACCACCACCCCUUCGAGAUACCCACAACACACGCGCCACGAGGCGGGGAGAUCUCCUGUUGACAGCUUGAGCAGCUGUAGCAGUUCCUACGAUGGGAGCGACCGAGAGGAUCACCGGAACGAAUUCCACUCCCCCAUUGGACUCACCAGACCUUCGCCGGACGAAAGGGAAAGUCCCUCAGUCAAGCGCAUGCGACUCUCUGAAGGAUGGGCAACAUGAUCACAUUAUUACUUAAUAGUUUUUUUUUUCUUGCAGUGUGUGUGUGUGCUAUACCUUAAUGGGGAAGGGGGGGUCGAUAUGCAUUAUAUGUGCCGUGUGUGGAAAACAAAAAGUCAGGUACUCUGUUUUGUAAACGUACUUUUAAAUUGCCUCAGUGAUACAGUAUAAAGAUAAACAGAAAUGCUGAGAUACGCUUAGCACUUGAGUUGUACAACAGAACACUUGUACAAAAUAGAUUUAAGGCUAACUUCUUUUCACUGUUGUGACCCUUUGCAAAAUGUAUGUUACAAUAGAUAGUGUCAUGUUGCAGGUUCAACGUUAUUUACAUGUAAAUAGACAAAAGGAAACAUUUGCCAAAAGCGGCAGAUCUUUACUGAAAGAGAGAGCAGCUGUUAUGCAACAUAUAGAAAAAUGUAUAGAAGUUUGGACAGACCCGGCAAGGGGUGACCACCGGUAACUGUAGGAACGUGCCGGUCACCCGACAACCAAGCAUGCUCACAAACCUGCAGGCAUAUCAUUGGCGUGUGGCACUCAUUCAAAAGGAUCAGAAACCAUUCAGAGAGGACCAUACCUACCUGAAAAGAAAAGAAAAGAAAGAAAAGGAAAAGAAAGAAAAGGAAAGGAAAGAAGUGUGGCGUUUGAGAGCUAACAUAUUUAAUUAAAUAAAUAAAUCUGGGUCUGCAUCUCUUAUUAAAUAAAAAUAUAAAAAUAUGUACAUUACAUUUUGCUUAUUUUCAUAUAAAAGGUAAGAAAGAGUUUGCAAAGCAUUUGUGGCUUUUUGUAGUUUACUUAAGCCAAAAUGUGUUUUUCCCUCAGUAGCUUCGCUAAUAUUUUAAACAGUCCUGUAAAAACCCACAAAGGACGUUUUGUACAGAGAGUACUACCCUAAGCCAUGAGGACUCCAUGCUUUGCUAACCAACAUAACCUGUUUUCUCUUUGUAGAAGUUUUGUUUUUGAAAUGUGUAUUUCUAAUUAUAUAAAAUAUUAAGAAUCUUUUAAAAAUCUGUGAAAUUAACAUGCUUGUGUAUAGCUUUCUAAUAUAUAUAAUAUUAUGGUAAUGGCAGAAGUUUUGUUUUCUUAAUAGCGGGAGGGGGGUAUAUUUGUGCAGUUGCACAUUUGAGUAACUAUUUUCUUUCUGAUUUCUUUUACUCUGCAUACAUUUUAUAAGUUCAAGGUCAGCUGUCAAAAGGAUAAGCUGUGGGGUUAGAACAUAUUACAUCGCAACAUCCUAAAUUGCUUUUAAAACGUCAGCAAACUAUUGGGUCAACUGACAUCCAUUGUAUAUACUAAUUGGUUUCUCUCAAACUAUUCUUGUUUUUUGUUUUUGUUUCGUUGGCUUCUUUUCACUUUAUCAAAAGCAGGGCCCCUUUCAGAUCUCUCCAUUUCACUACACAUCUUGGAAUUCUGUAAGUUCGUAUCCUAACUUGCCCAUAUUCUAAAUUUACAUAGUUCAUUUUCAGCCUUGAGUUUGAUGUUUUUUAGAAAUAUGCCCAGAGUAAAGAGCUGUGUUGGAGCAUAAGUCCUGCAAGCUGGGUCCUGGGGGCGACUGACCUGCUUUACUUGAUGGAUAAGUUACAGAGUUCUGGAGGAGCGCAAGGUGAAAUACUGGGCGCUGGAGAGGAAGGAAGCAGUUGAAGGAAAGUUACUUGGUGUCCACCUUCAUGAUUUUAACUGACCCAUAACAAUGCUGUCAGCAGUAGAGGACUGUUGAACAGCCUGCUGUGUCAGGACCCCCAAAUGCCACUUCUGCAUAAAGCAUGUAUGUCACCUAUUUUUUCUUCAAUAAAGAAAUUUAACAGCCAUUUUAAGAAAUCCCAUUUUAAAAAA